GGUCAUUCGCGAACGAACCGGCUCUUAGAAUUGGCUCUUUGAAGUGAACGACGGGUGCCGGCAACUAAUAGGGAGCCGCUCUUAAUAGGAGCCGAUUUACACACACGCACACACACGCACACACACACACACACGCACACACACACACGCAGAAAUACACACACUGCAGUGAAGAGAAUGGGGAGGACACAGCGGCACACUGAGAGCAGUACACUAACAGGGAGACAGGGAGACGAGCGAGAGGUCGAUAGCGCUACAGAGAAAAAAAAACAACACGGUGGAAGGUGGAAAAGUGAGAAAGUGGAUAGGAAACGCAGUGAAAUUUGGACUCAUUUCAACUUAAUUGAUAGUUCAAAGGCAGCGUGAAGACUGUGAAGUUAAAAUAUCAAAUUUUAAUUUGUUGUGUGGUAAUCAAAGCUUACUUAUGUUGUUUUACUGUAAAUAGUUAAAAGCUUAUAAAUAUAGACAAUCAGAGAUUGGAACUUUUUGUUGACCUUGUUUUGAUGGGUCUUUGUCUUUGUUUUUGUACUUUGUAAUUUAUUUUUUGUAGCACUCCGUGUUGUACUCCAUGUUGAGUAUGUUCAGAAGAAUAUAAAUAAAGGCAUAUAAAUAAUAAAUAGUUGAUAUACAGUAUAUUUUUACAUUAGUAAUUCAUUUUAACAUAAUUUUACAUUAUUUUUGGUAGUAAAUUAAUUUAAGCAACAAAAAAACUGAGGAGCCGUUUGGGAGGCAAAAGAGCCGGCUCUUUUUAGUGAGCUGAGCCAAAAGAACUUGCUCUCUAAAAAGAGCCGGAAUUCCCAUCACUAUUAUGGGGGGGAUUCGGCGGGUCGAGACACGGACGCUCGCCCGGCUCGAGGACGCAUGUGUCGGCUACAGUGAUCAAGCGGACCCUCGGCCUGCCGGGAUGCGGACACGGACGAUUGGGAAAUGUGGUUCGCUUGAACCGGAGGAUAAAAUGCGGGCGCACGUUUUCGAAAAAGAAAAUCAGUGGGCCCUCCAAUCGGCAUGAACAUCAGUACAAACUGCACCCCACAGGGGGGUGGCGGUGGGCUGGCUGCGCUGGAGUCGGUUUCCAUCGUAACCAUCACCCUACUGGCCUGCCUGGGCAACCUUCUGAUCGUGGCCACGCUCUAUCGCCGCCCCUACCUGCUGACGCCCAGCAACAAAUUUGUCUUCAGCUUGACUCUGUCCAACCUGCUGCUGUCAGCCCUGGUCCUGCCCUUUGUGGCCGUCAGUUCAGCCAAGAGGGAGUGGGUGUUCGGCGUGGUGUGGUGUAACUUCACCGCUCUGCUCUACCUGCUCAUCAGCUCGGCCAGCAUGCUCACACUGGGGGCCAUUGCCAUUGACAGGUACUACGCAGUGCUCUACCCGAUGAUCUACCCCAUGAAGAUCACGGGAAACCGGGCCGUGGUGGUGAUCGCCUACGUGUGGCUCCACUCCCUGGUGGGCUGCCUGCCCCCUCUCUUCGGUUGGUCCUCCUUCGAGUUUGACUGCUUCAAGUGGACCUGCGUGGCGUCGUGGCACCGCGAGCCAGCCUACACGGCCUUCUGGGUAGCCUGGUGCAUCCUGCCGCCCUUCCUGGUCAUGCUGGCGUGCUACGGCGUUAUUUUCCGCGUGGCCCGCAUUAAAGCCCGCAAGGUGCACUGUGGUACGGUGGUCGUCUCCCAAGAGGACGGCGGUGGCAGCGGCUCGCAGAGGAACGAACGCAAGAACUCGAGCACGUCGACGUCGUCCAGUGGUAGUCGGCGGAGCUUGGUGUACUCCGGGAGCCAGUGCAAGGCCUUUGUCACCAUCCUGGUCGUGAUCGGGACUUUCCUCAUGACCUGGGGGCCCUACGUGGGUGUGGUUUGUACAGAGGCCCUGUUCGGACAGGGGAGUGUCUCCCACGGGCUGGAGACUCUGGUGGUGUGGCUGUCCUUCUGCAGCGCCGUGUGCCACCCACUCAUCUACGGCCUGUGGAAUAAGACUGUGAGGAAGGAGCUUCUGGGCAUGUGCUUCGGUGAUCGCUACUAUAGAGAGUCCUUCGCCACGAGGCACAGGACCUCGCGCCUUUUCAGCAUCUCCAACAGGAUCACAGACUUGGGAUUGUCGCCCCACCUGACGGCCAUGUUGGCAGGAGGCGGACAGCUUCUGACCCCGGGGAGUAGCACUGGAGACACCGGCUUCAGUUUUACUCAGGACUCAUGUACAGAUGUGAUGCUGCUAGACAACUUUUCCACUGAUGGCUCCUGCCAUCCACAUUAUUCCUUCAAUCCGUCUGGAAAGAGGAGGAGCUCUGUCACGUUUGAAGACCAGGUGGAGCAUUCCAAAGCUGAGCAUGCAGCGUCAGUGCACGCCGAGGUCCACAAGUCACUGGACACCUUCGCCUCCUGCCUGGCCAAAGCCAUAGAGAGCGACGCCAAACUCACCCUCUUCGGGGACAUUUUGGCUGCUCCGGCGAGUCUCUUCACGGCCCGGGUCGCACCCAGGCCCAGAUAUUUGGACGGUCAGAGACUGAGGCUGGAAAGCAUCGACGAAGGCAUCGUCAAAGACGACAAUGACGAGCGGGUCUGUUCGCAAUCUUCCACAGGGACCAUUCAGACUGUGAACAAUUUUAUGUGAAAGACUGAAAAGGCAUCCUUCAUUCCUACAUUCACACUCAAAUGUUACUCAAAAUCCAUUCGACCAAGUACUGUAGUAGCACCUAGCUUUGUCAAUGGAAAAUUAUCAACAACAUGUAGCGCUAAGUCGGUACCGUGCAGCGGUAGCUUACUUGAUACAUUUGAUGGUUGUUAUCGAACCUUCAAAGUGGAACACAAUUUGGUGCAAUAGUUGAAUUCCAAAUUGCUCCAACCACAGAGCAUUUUUAAGAUGGGAAAUAUAAUCUUAAAAAGAUAAAUGUAGAGCGGAUUACAGGUGAAAUCCACAAGUGUAAAAAUAAAAACUAAAUAAAGGGCAUUGCCCAACUGUAAAAAAUACAACUAGUAAAUCUUCUCACACGUUACGAACACCUGAUAUGUAUUCAAACGAGAGACAGGAAAGUGUUUCUGACCACUGUCCCGUGCAGUAGGGCAAAAAAAAAAAAAGCCAAAGAACCCAAAA